AUGAAGUUCGCAAAGGAAUUGGAGGAAGAAGCGGUGGGAAAGAAGAAGAUCAAGGCCAUCUCGAAGGCCCUCAGGAACCUCCAGAGAACACCCGGCACUGAACCCCGAUCUGCGAACCUCGAUGCCUUCUCAGGUCCGCGCACACCCUUCACCCACUAUGACUUCAACCUCCACCGGCCGCCUACCGCGAGGUCAACCCAGUCCCUGCCCGAGAUAGAAGAGAUCGGCCCAGAUGAAGACGAAGAUGAAGAGUUGGGGGACAGACCCCCGAUGCCCCAGCGGCAAAGUCAUACCAUGUUCGCAGCGUCUCCACCUAUAUACAUUCCCAGGGCGCCGGUCGACAGUGCAGAGACGCCGCCAGAAAAUACGCCGCUUUAUCCCAGUCAAUCGGCGCGGCGAGUAAUGAGUUAUGGUUCCAUUGUUGGCACGCCUCCAGAUGAGACACCGGGUAUGAUGGCCGCCCUCGAACUUCCAGAUCCUGCCUUGACCCCUGCACGGUCGCGGCCACCCACAGAACUGGAACCGAAAUCCCAGGAAACGUCCCUGCGACUCCCUCCACCGGCCCAAGUUCCACCCGCACCCGAUCCGUACCAUGUUGGUCAGACACAUCAUCCGCCUCUCGCCAGGCACAGCAUCGCGGGAAGCUUAGCAAAGGCCAUGUUCAAGCGGCGGCAGGGGGUCAAAAGCCAGUCCGUCUCCGGACCGCUGCAGAGGACGAACUCGCUCUCCGCAUCGCAAAGGUUCCGCAAGAUGUUCGCUCCCCGUGAUCUGACCGAGGCCACCGUCAACGACAUGCAGCUCUCGGCGUAUCAAGAGCUCGACGAGAAACAGGCCGAUUUCUUUACAUACCUGGACAAGGAAUUGACGAAGAUCGAGGAUUUCUACAAGGCGAAAGAAGACGAGGCCACAGAGCGUCUGCAGGUGCUCAGGGCGCAACUCCACGAAAUGAGGGAUCGACGAAUAGCGGAAAUCAUGAGGGCGAAACACUUGAAUGAUGGCACGCAACCGUCACAUCUAGACGAUAUACGAAAGCAACCUCCGGACGUGCUCAAGGAAAAUACCAGGCCCAAUGGAAGUGGUAGUCACUUCAUUCCAAAACCAAUCGGAGAUGUCAUGGGUCGUCGGUCGACGAUCGGUAAGACCAGUCAAGCCAUGGCACAGAUGAGUUCCCCUCCAGGACCUCAAGCUCAAAAGAGGAUCAACGAAGCAAAGAAAGAUUACGUGCGCCGCGACCACGGCAGCGAAAUCAAGUAUUCGGUCGCAAAGAAGAGGCUGAAGCUUGCGCUGCAGGAAUUCUAUCGCGGUCUGGAAUUACUCAAAUCCUAUGCCUUGCUGAACAAAACGGGCUUCCGCAAGAUCAAUAAGAAGUAUGACAAGGCGGUCCAAGCCAGACCUCCGUUACGAUACAUGACAGAAAAAGUCAACAAUGCCUAUUUCGUCACGAGCGACGUGGUUGACAAUCACCUCAUGGCCAUCGAAGAUCUAUACGCCCGGUACUUUGAGCGCGGCAACCACAAGGUCGCUGUUAAGAAACUGCGAUCGAAGAUAGGCUCCGGGGAUCAGUCGGCGGUGACAUUUCGCAACGGCCUAUACGUUGCGGCGGGCAGUUGUUUUGGGGUGGCUGGCCUUGUCGACGCUGCCUUUCGACUGGACGAUCCGAGGAUGUCCGUGCAGACCAGUUACCUCCUGCAGCUAUAUGCCGGAUACUUUCUCGUCGUGAUCUUGUUCUUAAUGUUUGUUCUGGACUGCAGAAUGUGGAAUCGAAACCACAUCAACUACGUCUUCAUUUUCGAGUACGACACCAGACAUGUGCUGGACUGGCGGCAACUGGCGGAACUACCUUGCUUUUUCCUCUUCCUCAACGGUCUAUUCAUCUACCUCAACUUUCGGCACAGCUCUUACGAUUGGUUCUACGUUUACUGGCCGCUGAUUCUCAUCGUCCUGACCAUGCUCAUCAUAUUCCUCCCUUUUCCGAUCCUGUAUCAUAAUGCGAGGAAAUGGUGGGCUGUCACAAACAUGAGGCUCGCCUGUGCGCCGUUCUAUCCGGUCGAGUUCCGAGACUUCUACCUGGGCGACAUGUACUGUUCGGAAACGUACGCGAUGGGUCAGAUCGAACUCUUCUUCUGCCUCUAUGUCAACGAUUGGAACAACCCUCCACAGUGCAACUCCAACCACUCACGCUUACUGGGGUUCUUUGCCGCCUUGCCCGCGGUCUGGCGAGCGUUACAAUGUCUGCGCCGUUACUACGAUUCACGAAACUGGUUCCCUCAUCUCGCCAAUUGUCUCAAAUACUGCGGCAACAUUGCGUAUUAUGCUACACUGUCGAUUUAUCGGAUUGACAUGAAUCACACAACUUGGUCCAUCUUUGUCACAUUUGCGCUUGUGAAUGGAGUAUAUUGCUCCUUCUGGGAUGUGUUCAUGGAUUGGAGUUUGGGCGACUUUUUUGUGCAGAAAUAUCCCUUCCUCCGAGAGCGGCUCGCCUACAAACAAGUGUGGAUAUAUUACGCCGCCAUCGUGGCGGAUGUAUUGCUUCGACAACAGUGGGUGUUUUAUGCCAUAUUUACAUCCGACGUGCAGCAUUCCGCUCUCAUGUCCUUCUUUGUCAGUCUGGCCGAGGUCAUCCGAAGGGGGAUAUGGUCCCUGUUCCGGGUCGAAAACGAGCAUUGUAACAAUGUUGGGAAAUUCCGUGCUUCCCGAGAUAUUCCUCUACCCUACGACAUACCAGACUCACGCAUGGUAUCUCCGACUCAGAGGCGCCAGACACCUACCACUCCACGUCCUACAGAGCCUGAAGAACAUAUUGCCACUGGCGUGGAUCUAGAAAGCGUGCCUUCGCUAGAUGCAUCGCUUCGUCAACGUCGCUCUCCGGGCAUGCCUCGAACACCCGCCAUGCGGGCUCUGCAACGGAUGGGGACUAUUAUUGGGACCGCCCAUGCGCAAGACUUUGAGAGACGCAGGAAACCAGAUGAUGAGAACGAUGAAGCCGACGAUGAGGGAGAUGGAGGUCGCAGCAGCGAUGAAGAAGAUGACGAGGCCGAAGCAAGCGGAGGAGAAGAGGAAAUGGCGGAAUUGGAGAGACAAAGGGCGCAACAGGCUACAGAACUCGCGGAGGCGAAUCGGUUGGUGGAAAAUGGGCUACGACGUACUCGAUAG